CAAUGCUGAUCUUUGGGUUCGUUCUCAUUCGAUCAAUUUAAAGUGAUUUAUAAAAAACAUAAGAAAAUCAUUUAAUCUUGAAAAUGAGUUUGUGCAUUAUUGGUGCUGGGACUGCGGGACUUUGCUCUGCCCGACGUGCAUUAGAGCAUCAGUUACGUCCUACGGUUUUUGAGCUUUCCAACGAGAUCGGUGGUACUUGGGUAUUUAACAAAGAUGUUGGAAUCGUAAAUGGCAUUGAUAUUCACAGCAGUAUGUAUGAAAAUCUACGCACCAAUUUGCCUAAAGAAAUAAUGGGAUUUCCAGAUUUUGAUAUUGGCGAAAAUAAAAACUCGUAUAUCUCUUCUCAAGAAAUUUGUGCUUUCUUGAAUAGCUAUGCCGAUCAUUUCGAAUUAAGAAAGUAUAUAGAAUUCAAUUCGUACGUAAUACGAGUUUUAAAAAAACGCAACAAGUGGCAGGUUAUUGUGAAGAAUCUACUGACAAAUAAGCUACAGUUUCAUUAUUUCGAUAACAUUAUCGUUGCAAACGGUCAUUAUCAUACACCAAAUUACGCAAACAUUUCCAAUGCACAUAUGUUUAAAGGUGAAUACUUACACAGUCAUGACUACAGAACCAGCGAUAUAUUUAAUGGUAAAUCGGUGUUAGUUAUUGGAGGUGGACCCAGCGCUUUGGACUUGUCGAAUAUUAUAUCAAAAUCGGCAAAACGUGUCACGCUUAGCCAUCACUUGGUUGGCAUUUCAAAUUCAAUAUUUUUGAAAAACGUUACAACCAAACCAGAUGUCAAAGAAUUCGAUGAAAACGGCGCCUAUUUUAAUGAUGGGUCUUACGAACAAUUCGAUACUAUUUUCUAUUGCACUGGAUACAAAUACGCUUUCCCUUUUCUGAGUGUCACCGCUGGUAUCUAUGUGGAAGACAAUUAUGUCCAAAUGCUGUAUAAACAGUGCAUCAACAUGCGCAACCCGACCAUGGCUAUAAUAGGUCUACCAUUUUACGUCUGUGCAGCACAAAUGAUGGAUUUACAGGCACGCUUCGUAUUGAGCUACUUUUUGGGAACUAAUCAAUUGCCUUCGCUCAAGGAAAUGCACGAGGAUACAGUACAAAACACGAAUAGACUAUGGAAUGCGGGUUACAAGAAGCGCCAAGCACAUAUGCUGGGAGACAAUCAGAUGAGCUACUUUACGGAAUUGGCAAAGACAGCUGGAAUUGAGAAUAUCAAACCUGUAAUAGCUAAAUUGCAUAUCGAAAGUAGUAAUUGUUUUAACGAAAACUUGCUUCAUUUUCGCGAGGACAUAUUUAGGCUUGUAGACAGCGAAACAUUUGUAAAAAUAAAUUAGUAAGAAUGUUUGUAUUUUCAUAUACAUAAUUGUAAACAGCAUAAUAAUUUUGUUGAGAAUAAAUUUUAAUUGUGGGACAGA